GCAGUAGAAUUUCCACGUGAAAGCCCGGGAAAAAGAAAAUGGCGGAUAACAGCGAGAAAGAAGGGAAGGGAGAGCCAUUAUUUAUAUUUUACGACAGCGAAGCGGCAAACGCGAACAUAUACACAGGGGAUUUAAUCGAAAUAGCAGCGAAAUGCCACCCAGAAAUCAUACCCGGUUCAUUCAGCAGUUUAAUCAACACGAAACAAAAGCUUUGUAACUUCGCUUUAGAAAAGUGUGGUAUCAGCCAAGACCAGCUGACAGGAAAACCAUACCUACCAGGAGUGAUGGCCAGAUUUCUGGACUGGAUUAAAAUCAUGGUCCACCGAGCAGAGAACAGAAGAGAGACCACAUAUUAUCCAGUGCUGUGUGCUCAUGGAGGCUACCAGUUCGAUUUCCUUAUUCUGUUUGCCAAUCUGGAGAGAGUCGGAGUUACUAGAGAGCAGCUUAUGGAACGCAAUCUGCAUUUUGCAGACACCUUUCUAUAUUGCACCGAGCUUCAAGAAAAAGGUGAACCACAGCUCAAGGAUAUCAAACUUUCCAUGGAUGGUCUGUUCAAGCACUUUUAUCCUAAGGAACCAUUUAAAGAUCAACACCGAGCCAUGGGAGAUGUGAAUGCAAUGGUGAAAAUCUUUACUAAGACAGAGCUAAAGAAUGUUCUGCACAGGAUUCCUGUUUCCACCAUUGAGGAACGGAUUCAGUACUUCUUAGCCCAGUCAUCUCAGAAACAGCAGCAACUCCUUCUAGAAGAAAAGCUUUCCAAAAUGGACGAGUGCUCAAGGAACAUGACCACCAAGCGAUUACUGCGGGAGGGCAUCACUUAUGACAUCCUCAAAAAGAUCUUCCAGGAGUCCUGCUCCUUCAUGGACUUUUGGAAAUUCCUUAAGGACAUUGGCAUAGAAAGGAAAGUUGCACGUGUGUUUACGUCGCAGUUUGGGGCAAUGGGCUUACACAACCAAGGGGCAUUGGCCUACCAUAUGAACGACAGCAGCGUGACAUCUUCAUCAAGCAAUGGGACAUCUUCUGAUGAGAAUAACUCCAAGAAGACUAACCUAACAGAACGCACCAAGGAGAACUCAAAGUCGAGUAAACCAUUAGUUCACAGUCAGAGUAACAACAAUUUGACUGGUAAAGACGCUAUUGUCCCUUCUGCUAGCCGAGCGACAAGCUCUUCUCAGGCCUUUGUGCAAAGGCCAUCCGAUUACGCUGUCACCACUCCAGUAAAGGACUCAGUCAGACCUCGCGAGGUAUCAAGCAGAAUUACAACCAAUGAAAGUGCUAAGGAAAAUACUAAGAAGGUGAAGAAACCAAGCGAAAAGGUGCUCCCUGUUAGAAGUGUAGGUGCUCCAGUCACAUCAUCCAGUAGCGAGCCCGAAUGGACAAGCGAGGAUUGGGACAGUGAUAUCAAAAACUCCCCAGCACGUUCAGACUUCCAGAUCACCUUCACCAAAGAUUCCAUCCCAGUCAGCAUAAAUGUCGAUGACAUUACAUCAGAUAAGUCGGAAAGUGGGCCUGAUCGCAAAAAUCAAACAAAGACAGUGGCCUUAGGACAAGCUGAGCCUCGAGUUACAACUUCUGAAAGAGCGCAGGUUUCUGUUGGAAGAAGGGCUAAGGCUAAGGCGGACGUAAAAAAGACCUUGGAGAAUACAAGGCCAAAUGGUAAUCCUGUAACAAGUGGUAACAUUCAAUCUAGUAAUAAAGAGGAAAAUGGACUUAAUCGGACGACAACGACAGUUGGAACAAAUGGUGAUGUCAUUGAGAAGAAUACGAGUUUGCAAGGGAAUAACGCAAAGCAAGAAAUAACAGAAAAUAGAAAGAAAGGAAAGAAAACUAGGCCCCGAUCGAGUGAUAUUCAAGCAGCCUGUGUCUUUCCUGAAGACUUGACUGCAAUUUCAGAUGGCCGGAGUCCCGAAGGAGCGUCAGAUAACAACUCUGCCUUGAGGUAUCGUACGGUUUAUGUGGGCGACGUUGCGAUUUUUGUGCCACUGGAGAAAGGCUCAGGGAUCUGUGACGUUGAUCUGAGGGGGGGCAUAAGUAAAGACGGCGCUAUGGAGUCUGGAAGUGACAAAUUGGAGUCAGAUGGUAGUGGGGGACCGCAUGAGGGAGACUUAGCCAAACAAGGCGAGGAGUUACACAGUGCAGGGGACGUCAGCCUGUCUUCAAAGAAAGAAAAAGAGCAAGGGAAUAAGGAUAAGGAAGCCAAUGUUGUUGAGACCUCGGACGCAAAAAAGCACUAUUCACCUGAUUUGACAGCCGCUGAAAAGCCAGAGUUGUUAAGUGAUGCCAUCAGUACCAACCCUGCAGCUACAGAUAAAAAGAUUGUAACGGAUGAUCAGCUGCCGCCCAUCUCCUCCAAUAGAUCUGACACCUCCGCACUCACAAGUGAAGCCCAACACUCCGUCUCACUUGACAUAGACUCAAGCACGUACCCAGAGCCCAGCAUGUCAAACGGCGGACUAUCAGAAAUGGAGUGGGACGGCUAUGGAUCCUGGCUCAGCACUGAUGGGGAACAGUUCACUUCACCUCAGCCCUUCCCUCCACAGUUCCCUCAGUACCCUUAUCCUGCGGCAAUGCCUGCACCAUAUGGCUACCCUAUGAUUCCCAUGAUUCCCCCAGCUAUGUACCCCCCAAUGGCUUACACGGCCCAUCAUGGGAUGUUCCCGUUCAGGCCAAUACACCCAGGCUAUGGGCUUCCAAUGCCUUACAUGAUGCAUCAAAUGCACCCAUCCUUCCAUGACAUGGGCUUGGCCAACCCCCAAGUGCAGACUCACUUGGCAUUCAACGGUGCUAUGAGUGAGCCUCAACAGAGUGACUCCCCAGAUGUGUUGGGUAUUCCAGGGGGAGCCAAGCUGCCCCAAGGACAUCAACGUGGCACAGCCUUAACGAGUGAGUCGUCAUCUGUGACUUCCGGGAGUAAUUCUGAAAGAAGCUCCCCUCUACCAUUCUCUGGUGGUCAACAACUGUCGUCCCCACAAUUGAAUCCACAGCCGAAUGCACAAGAAGCCAAGAAAAGUGGGAAAUACGAUGCCAAGGGUAGGCAGAUGACCUCAAGGGGGGAUCGUUCCAGAAGAGUUGAUCAACUAGAGAAGAAGUCACCUAAGCAGGAAAAGUCACCACGGGGUAAAGGAAUUACUUCAGCUGAUAAACCCAAGCAAUCUCCUGAUAGUUUCUCGGAACAACGUCCAGGGAGCCAGAGGAACGACGCAAGCAGUUCUGUAAAGACUGAUGUGCCAACUAAACAAGGAACAGCAGAUAAUCAGAAGAAAGUGUUGUCGAAGAAAACGCGACAUUCGCCAGCAAGAGAUGGUAAACUAACUAAGUCGAGCAAUAUCCAAGAAGCAGCAAAGUCAGUAGAAGAGGCGCCCAAAAGAACUGAAGGCCAAAUGUCUAGAGAUCGAAAAGGUCCUUCAACCCCAGAAAAGUAUAAGCGAAGUAAUAGUAGUAAAAGCGACAGCGGAGAGAACGAAGGUCUAAACGAGAGUCGAUUGUCGUCCAAAUCAAAUGCUUCACCGAGUGGAGAAAAGCAUGUUAGCAAAAAUGGCAGUAAACUGGAAGGUGAGAAACGUGAAACAGGAAAUUUAGGGCAAAUAGAAAGAAGCUCCCCUCAAGGUUCAAAGAAGAGUUCUACAAGGCGAUCACUAGACAGGAAACAAGAUAAGAACCCUCCUCAGACGACUUCGAGCAAAACAUCAACACCAGCCGAGAAACCACAGGAACAACACAAACUCUCGUGGGCUGAACUGACAGAAGAAGCUGAGGCCGAAGAAGCGAGGGUACACCAAGCAGAAUCUUUAAAACAGGGCAAAACAAACGUAACAAUCAACGAAGAACGAAGGCAACCAUUUACCGUGACCGAUCUGCCCAAGCCACAGCGACAGCAGCGUUCAAAGAGACCUGGCAGAUCCGAGGGUGCCGAGGCAUCCGAAGAAUGGCAUGUGAAGAAUUCCUCUGACAGCUCCCAGAGGGGAUCAGCGUCAGGCUAUCGACGCGAAAGAAGGGACCGGGGCAAAGAGGCACCAAGACCCAUUACUUCUUCAACCGUUACAUCAUCGAUGUCGUCUUCCGACGCUGGGAGCUCGACAACGCCGUUGACGAGUUUAGCCGAGAACAAAACAAAAGCUGUUGGAAAAUCGUCUCCAGAUGUUAACUUCUCGGAUGAGAAGAAUCGCAGUCGGAAUUCGAGUAACAAAAAUGGUAUGACUUACAGUCAGAGGAAGUUGAGAGGUUUUGAAGACAAAACGAGGAGGGUAAUUAAAACGGAACUACGGUCAAACUCAACUCCUAAUGGAACACUAUCAUACAAUGGGAUAAGUAAUGGUUUUGACAGUAAGACAGACAUUGGCUCGUCCACCAAGGGUGCAGCUGCCGAGGCAAAAGAGAAACCUCGUUACCAUACCAACGAUGAUGGUAAUACUAAUUCACCCCAGGCUCAACGGCCGCCAAAGAGGAUAACCAGCAAAAGAUGACCGAUUCUUUGCCGGUUGUUUCAGUCUUCAAUAUCAAGCUAGUACAUAGAGCAAUGUAUUUAAAUGGUAGGAAGUGCUAGGCGAGGUUGUGUAAGGUCCCUCUCGAGGGCAGCGAAGCUGGACCCGCAUCUUGUACUGGAAGUUGUAAUUCGGGGUGGGAGAGUCUGGAGAAUUUUGGGGGAAAUAGACUGCUGAUUUCUUCCUUAAGUCCACUGUGCAAUUAAUUGAAUAAGUAUUAGUCUUCAGGUUUCGACAAGGAAUUUUCUUAAAAUAGUGAGGCAACCAUAGACUUCAGGGACAUUUGUAGUCAAACUCUUACCUCACCCCUACCUUCUUUGCGAAGUGUGGGACUCCUUUUUAUAAGCUUUGUUUAACAGGACCAUAGCAGUCCUAGAAGUAUUGAGGACACAAUACAGAGGUAUUAGGAAAAGCGAGGGGGGGGGGGGGGGGUUAGUGUACUGCCUACUGGUCACUCGCUUAUAACGUUUUAAAGUAAUGGUGGGAGAUAUCACAGCGUAUAACAGAUUUGGUUUCAUUUUCACACGAAUGAUGGCUCCUGACUUUUUUUUCUUUUUUUUUCUGUUUUAUUAAAAUUCAAUACACUGUUAUUAGUGUUUAUUGCACAAGUUCUUUACUGAAGGAGUGUCAUCUAAAUUUGUAAAAUAUUCAAAUAUUAGGCCUUUAUUUAAGUGUCUUUUUGGCUUAUUUCAAACGUCAGAUUUAUUUCAGCCGAUUCUUUUAUUGACAGACAAUUUUCGCAUUGUAUGAUAUCAUUUAUCUAAGAGUACAUAGUAGCCUGUUCCUAUUGAUGUAGAGAACGUCAGCACUAAUUUGCCAUGUACGAAGGGUUAUGACUUUGAUAUGCCUGACUAUUGCUAAAUGGGCUUUAAUUCUAAGCUCUAACUAUCUAGUAAGCAACAGGAGAGUCAUUAGGAUCGGCUGGGAUUCAGUUCAUCAACGUUUGUCUUGGUAUACAAUGAUAUAGCAAUAAUUAAAAAUCUAUGGGAUGUAAGAGUAGGUCGCCUUAUUAAAUAACAGCCCCCCGUGUGUCUCUAUCAUCCUAGUCACAAGAAUGAAUUAGUCCUUCUUGGAUAGAGACAUUGCUUGCUUGUGAGUUCCCUAUAUGUUGCACCGAAUAUGUAUAGCUUUGAAGGAAUAAAUUGAUAAAAAAAAUUCUCAAGGGAAGUUUCCCGGAACGAUGUGGAUGUUAGGAGUCAUUUUAUUUAGUUCACUUUUUUAUAUUGAGCGGUUUAUUUACAAUAAAAAUAAGGUUCUCUGUA